UUGUGGGGACCUCUGCUGGGGGUGGGCUGCACACGACCGUGAGAAAUGCUGAGUGUGGCACCUGCUUCUCUUGCAGCCUCUGUGCAGGUGAUGAACAGAAAAGUCCAGUCGGUCCAGGCAGGAGGAAACGUUACUUUUUCGUGCCGGGCAGUGACAAAAGAAGAUGUGAUACAGGUGACCUGGCAGAAGGAGAGGGAUGGGCCCGAAGACAACAUAGCGACUUACAGUGCAAUGAACGGCCAGAAGAUAGCAAAGGGCUAUGUCAGCCACGUGAGCUUCGCCCACAGCGACCUACAAGCCUCGGCCAUCUCCCUUCACAGAGUCACCCUCCAAGAUGAAGGAUGCUACAAAUGCAUCUUCAACACGUUUCCCUCAGGGGCUGUCACUGGCAGGAUGUGUCUCAACGUUUAUGCCAUCUCGGACCCCAAAGUGGAAGCUAAACUUAUACCCAGUCCAGACAAAACUGAGGACUCUGAGAAAGUGGUGGAGAUAAGCUGCUCAGCAACUGGGAAACCAGCUCCAAAAAUAACCUGGCACCUUCCCAGCAUCCUGCAGCAGAAACCAAGGGAAUACCAUAUCAAGUUCAGCAACCAGACCGUGACUGUCAUCAGCAAUUUCACCCACACCCACUCCAAAAUCCUCCAUGACUAUCCCAUCGCCUGCAUGAUCCAGCACCCUUCUCUAAACGUGACUCGGGUCCUGCCCACGGACAGCCUGCAGCAGGGUCUGGACAGCACCGUGGCACCCACUAUCGCCAUUGCAGUGGGAGUACUGGUCCCCCUGACUGCCCUCCUCCUUCUCACCUUUCUCCUCUGCCACUGCCUCAGGCACCGACGUGACCUGGAGAGAAACCCAGCCUGGCCAUGCUGGGUACCUCCUGCCUGUAGCAAGGCCAAGAAGUGCGGGCAGUACGGAGCUGCAGGCGGGUGGGCUCCUGUGGGGUCCUCCAGCCCCAGUGCACCACUGAACACCUGAGAAACUGCCCACGCUACAUAUGCAAGAGGGAAACUCUUACAACAGCACCUCAAGCUUCCAAGCAAACCUGCUGUGACUCUCUCCAAGAGUAAUAGAAAAAAGGACAAUUUAUAAUGGAUAUUUAUUUAUUUUGUUAUACUAUAACAUUCCGUUUUGUAGGGAAAAAAAGCUGUAAAGUAUUUAUUUGAGAUUCAGGCUGACUGUGUGGAUCCACUUAAUGAAACUUGUUCUUUGUAUUUUCUCGAGGUUUGAAUAUCAUGUUUAUUCCUUUUCUUGCAAUAUUUUAAGAUUGCAAUAUUUUAAGAUUGCAAGCGGGUGGGGGAGUUGUCUGAAACGGAGCAGCAUUUUGUAGGGCUGGUGGCCUGGGAAGUGUUGCUAAUGGGCCAAAUGAGACCUCAGCUAGGAGCUGGGCUGCAGAAAACCCAUGGAGCAGCCCAGCACACUGCUGUGAGCUUCAAGUGUUGAACUUGUUCCCCAAAGGGCACAAGAGAUCAGGCCAAGACUGCAGCCAGCCUGAACUUGUAACCCAGGCGCCAGGAGCAACAGGCUUCAAGCCAGGAGUCAUCAGGGAUGCAGAAGUGCCAACUCUGACUUGCACUAGCCUUUCCUAGAAAAUGAAGCAAAAGCCAAAGCUACAGAUGUGUUUUCUUUUCCCCUCUUUCUCAGCGGUUUCCACAGCCCCCUUAGUAAUCUCCCUGAUCCAUCACAGCUGCCUUGUGUUUCCAGGCAGCCCACCCACCUGCAGGAGGAAGCAGGGCAAUAAAAGAGCAGUUGGAGGGGCAGCAGGGCUGUUUGGCUUGUUUUGUUUCUGUGCUGGAGUGGUGAUAGGUGAGU